AAAAUAGAACAUACCGAUCCAUCUGCGCUCUACUUCCCUUCCGUCUACCCUAAAUCCGUGUUCGAUCUGCGCUUUUCUUCCCUUUCAUCUUCAAUCGGCCGCACGUCAAUCUUCCCGCCAUGUAUUUCCGUCGCUGCCUAAGUCAUUUUAUUUGAAUAAAAUAUAAUUAUUUAUGUGAUUCGUAUAUAAAAGUCCAUCUUCGAUCUGCGCUCUUCUUCCCUUUCAUCUCACUCUUGUUGUCAGUUGAAUUGUCCGUAGCUUUACUAACCUCAAUAGGUGCAAUCCACCCCUAAUUUUUAAAAAGAUGCAAAUUUCUUAUUUGAAUGGUAAUCAACCGAUUGAAGUGCCUCUUAUUAAAAAAAUGUCACCUAAGAAUCAUCCGCAUCUGUAAAGCCUAUCCUCUGCGAUAAAGCUCGAACCUGACGAUGUUACGGGUGAAGUUCAAGUAGAAGAACGUUCCUUAGAUAGAUGGAAAGCAUAUCAAGAGCAACAUAAGCGACAUGGAGCUCCAGUUGCUAAGAAGCAGAUGCCAUAUCUUCAGUACCUAGAAGCUUUAUUCCAAGGACAGACUGCACAUGGUGUACGAGGUAGCUCACCUGCUAGCGCUAGGACAACACUCAUUCUCAAUAGUAAUGUCGCGGUCCAAAAGACUCAGAACAUAAACACCGAAGAAUCUUUUGAUACCGGUAGUGAUAGUUCGGAUGAAAAUAAAAGUCAUGAUACAGUUUAUGGUGAAAAAAGUGAUUCACCUAUUAUGGUAGAUCAAUCAUCCGCAUCAACUAAGAAGCGAAAGGGAAAAAACAACGUCAGUGAAAGCUUAGCACGAAAGCGAGGGGAAAUAAAUAGGUGUUUAGAAAUCGUGAAGCUUGCUUCUGCAAAAGAGCAAUAUGUGAUCGAAAAGGUGGCUAAACUUCUUAAUGAGAUGGAGGUUGACAAGAAAUACGGUGAUCAAUAUUAUGUGGAUGCUAUGACCUUCUUAAGUGAAGGUAAUAAGGGUGAGGUCUUUGUGACACUUCGAUCUGAAAAUUAGAGGUGGAUGUUUCUACAGUAAGGAGUUCCUUACGGCAAUCAAGAUUGUUAUAUGGCGGUUUGAACUUAAGAUUAUUUAUUUUCAGCAUGCUAAAAUUUUGUCUAUUCGUUUUGAACUUUUUAUUUUUUUUAUUUGAACUAAAAUUAUGUGGAUUGUUAUCUUUUACAAACAUCUCGUGUUAUCGUUGUUAUAGCAUGUGUUUACCAUUUGUUUUAAUGUGCAUUGGAAUUCAUUAUUUUACUUGUGUAGAAUGAAUGUUGAAGUUAGACGGUCAUGUCUAAUUAUUGCAUUAGAAGAGCUCAGAUCAUUACUUGGAGAUGAUGAACAAAAGAAGACUAGGAUACCAAUGAGAGUAGGUGGAGAAACGGGAGGUGAAUAUAUACAUAGAAUGUUGAGUGGUCAUCUUGGAUUGUGUAAAGAGCAAUUAAGGUUGACGAGAGAAAUGUUCAUCCACCUUGUGAAUAUUAUGGUUGAAAGAAAUUUAUUGAAAGAAAACAGGUUCAUUCAUGUGGCAGAGCAAAUUGGAAUUGGUCUCUAUAUAUUGGCCAAAGGAGCUUCUUACACAGAUGCAGCUGAUGUUUUUAAGCAUUCUUUGAGAACCAUAUGCAAAUAUUUCAAUCUAGUAUUGCAUGCCUUGGUUGAGUUAUCUUUUGACAUAAUUCGACCACAUCACAAUUUGUUGGACGUCCACACCAUAGUUUUCAACAAUUCCUUAUAUUGGCCAUAUUUGAAGGAUUCACUUGGAGCAUUAGAUGGUACUCACAUUGAAGCAGUUAUAUCAGAUGCAAAGGGGGUGCCGUUUCGAGGAUGCAAAGGAAUCAAAACCUGGAAUGUCUUAGCAUGUUGUUCAUUUGAUAAACUAUUCACGUUUGUCAAUAUUGGCUGGGAAGGAAGCUCUCACGACGUAAGAGUGUGAGUUGAUUCCUUAAUGCAAUUGAUGGAGUAUAUGGGUCUAGGCCCCAGGACCCACAUACUCAGAAGAACAGAAGGUACCACGAUCACCGGGUGACCUCGUCGGCCAUGCUCUCAUCGGCCAUGAUCUCAUCGGCCAUGCCCUCAUCGGCCAGAAAGAAGGCCACCCAGAAUAUGAUCCAGAAGUCAGGAGAAUCGGGUGACCUCGUCAGCCAUGCCCUCAUCGGCCAUGCCCUCAUCGGCCAUGCCCUCAUCGGCCAUGCCCUCAUCGGACAGGAAAAGGUCUACUCAGAAUAUGAUCCAGAAGUCCGGAGAACCGGGUGACCUCGUCGGCCAUGCCCUCAUCGGCCAUGCCCUCAUCGGCCAUGCCCUCAUCCGCCAUGCCCUCGUCGGCCAUGCCCUCGUCGGCCACGGAAGUCUCACAGAACCGGAUUUUACACUUAUUCAUUUGUAUAGCCCACCAGUGGCUUUGUAUUCGGCCCAAUAGCGGUCCAGUUGUAGAUGGGCCUCCCAAGCCCAAGACUUGGGAGCCCAGCCCGUAUUUUCUCUAUAAAUACUCCCCUUGGGAGUAGUUGUAAGGGUUCAUAAUUCAUUAAUACCAAGCAAAUAUACUACUUCUCUCUCUA